AUGGCGACUACAGAUAUCGCGCCCGAGCCGCACGACCGACAGGCGCACCGCCGUCGACCCUUUUCGACCUGGGUCAAGCGACUCACCAACUUCAAGUCCUCGUCGGACGGCGAGCGACCCAAGCGACACACAAAGACCAAGAGGGGCAAGCUGAACAACCCCUACCCGCAAUCCGGCCAUGUCAGCGGCAAUCACAACCACGCCAACGGCUAUGCCAACGGUAACGGCGCCAUUAACGGUCGUGGAAACGGGAGUUCGUACUCGUUUGUGACCGCGCAGACGAGCAGCAUCGUGUCGACGGAUGAUGCAACUCGCGUCUCGGCCGACGCGGACGACCACGCCCCGAUGACUGCCGGGGGGCGGAGCAUGGCGGGCACAACGUCGACGGAGAACGAGGGGCAGCGCUCAAUCAUCGCUCCCAGCUCGCUUGCGGGCACGAGCCGCACCAUGGGCGGAGGCAUUGAUUCGCGAAGAGGCGGAGACAGCACCUUUUCCAGCCCCGCGCCCUCGGUGCGGUCCCUGACGACGACCCUGACUACGAUCCAGUCACUGGCCCCCAACGGCCACCAGGCAUCUGCGCCAGCCCAGCACAGCAACACGCAGUCGAUCCACUUCAGCCAGCCUUUUCCGACCACGUCGCCCGCGUCGGCAAUACCGGCUCAUCUGGCGCCCACCCCCACGGGGCACCCGACGACUUACUCGGCGGCGACGGCCAACGGCCUUUUGACGGACAAUGCCUCCAUCCUGACCCUGGCGUCGUCUAGCAAGCGGCGCAGACGACGCUCCAUGGACACGGAUGCGUCGGUCCGUGCCCUUGCGCCGUCCUCUCUUUGGGGCGGAAGCCGUGAGAGCUUGCCAUUAAGCGUCUUGAGCGCCUCGAUCGAUCCGACCGCCAGCUCGACUACGCCGGGGCUCCACGGAAGCAGCUCGCGCAUCGGGACAGAGCGCACCAGCAUUUAUUCGGCAACAGGCGUGGCGUCUACGCUGCAGGGGGAACGAAACAGCGUCUACACGGCGAAACAAGGAGACGGCGCGAGCGUACGCAGCGGGCUCUUGGGCCACGGCCGGCCAGACAGCAUCAGCGGGGCAAACGCCAUCGCGACGAGCCCGCUGGCCAGCCCUCAGGAGGAGCCCAGCGAGAGGCACGCACUAGACAGGGAAGACGAGCGGCUCGCACGAAAGGAGGAGUAG